AUGGCCACUGAGCUCGUCAUCCACUGUGUUGGCCUGGAAGGACUUACCAUCACGGUUUCUGGAGCCGACCACAGCAUACCAAUAAUCACAGACGUGCUUCGAGUGACCACGCUCCUCGGAAGCGUUGAAUACACUAUCCCCCAGCUCCCUGUUACCUACAAUACGGCAGAUCUCAACGGGAAUCUCACUAUCCCCGAUGGAUCAGGAAAGACGCUGUACCGCUGGAGAUCACAUGCAAUCGCGCAGCCGCCGUCGGCAGAACACCAACAGCCCAGAAGUGAGCCUACCUACAACCAUGAAAGGCAAAAGCACCCUCCAUGCAUUUCAGCUCCACCAUCCUAUCGGACAGCUGGGACACCACCAAAUUUGCGCUCUAGUGGAGCUUUGAAUGAGCUCAAUAAUAGCCAGAUUGCUUCUUCGGACGCAGACGCCAUGGCAGAAAACCCAGAUGGACCUGGUCGACUACGUUCAGGGAAUGGACGCAAAGUGACUUAUCUCGAGUCCAGUCUGUCGCGAUCCAACAGUACCAAGGACCAUUCUCCUUGGUCCUCUCCAGUACAGAGAUUGGAGAGAACAUCUAAGCGGAAACCCAAUAGAAUAUUCCAAUUCUCAGAAGACAGCGAUGCAGAGCCUUCGGGAUCAGAUAUUCCUCUAGGCAGAAAGCGGAGACCUAGACUGAGACCCAAGGUCGCCACUACAGAUGAUAGCGGUUCGGACCCGUUAGAGUCCGACAUCGCUCCACCCAGGAAGCGGAGAUCCAAGCGGAGAGAAAGGAUCAAGCUUCAAGAUUCGAAUGAUAGGGAGUCGGAAAUCUCAUUGUCAGAUAUGACCCGCACCCGAAAGAUCUUUCUGCGCCGCCUAAUUGACCGCUUGUUGAGAGAGAGCGACGAGGAUUCAGAACCCUUUGCCGAGCCUGUUGACGCCGUUGCAGAGGAAGUUCCGACUUACUACGCAGUGAUCAAACGACCCAUGGAUCUGCGCACGUUAAGAGAAAACCUCGGCAAAGGAAUUUAA